CUCUGAUAAAGGUGCUCGCGCAUCACCACACGACAGUCUCCGAGAUGACAAGCAUCGACGACCUAUUCAAAAAGCCAAACGCGCCUGGGAAACGGAAAAUCGAGCCCUUGACUGACCCUGAAAAGGUUUACAAAUCUGCAAAGAUCUCCGCAAAUUCCGACGCCAAGCAACCACGAGCUUCAAGCGUGGAGGACGAUGAUGGCGAAGAAGCAGGACCCCAAUUACCUCCGGAGAGUGAAGAGGAGGACUACGGGCCUGAUGAUGAAGAAGGAAGAUUUUUCGGGAGUGGACUUGACGAAGGUACAAAAGAUGCUAUGGACUAUCUCGACGAGCAAGACGGAGAGGAAACAUUCAUACCCGAGAAGAUUGACAGUUCAUGGCUGAAAAAGACGGCCUUAAACUUUGAGAAGAGAAUAGCGAAGAACGCAGAGCUACGUGGGAAGUACGAGGAGGAGCCUCAGAAGUUCAUGGGCUCGGAAUCAGACCUGGACGAUGAUAUCAAGGCGUUGUCGAUACUUUCAGAGCAUUCGGAGUUGUACGCCGAAUUCGCGAAGCUAGGGAGUGCUGCAAAGCUGGUAUCGCUUCUAUCGCACGAGAAUACAGACAUUGCCAUCGACGCAAUAGAGAUUAUAAGCGAAUUGACCGACGAAGACGUAGAAGCAGAACAAGAGCAAUGGGACGCUCUGGUGGACGGGCUUAUGGAGGCAGACAUACUCGACCUGUUGACUCAGAAUUUUGAUCGCUUCGACGAGACGAACGAUUCGGAUCGUAGUGGAGUAUAUCAUGCUCUAGGCGUCAUCGAGCACCUUAUUUCGAGGCCUAAGAUGGCUGAGACAAUAGGAGAAACUACAAAACUUUUGCCCUGGCUAGUUUCCAGGAUACAAGUAAAAGAAGCAAGGCUAGGUCAAAACAAGCAAUACGCAGCCGAGAUACUCUCCAUCAUCCUACAAUCCUCAGACUCAACCCGUAAACGCUUUCUCGAGCUUGAUGGCGUGGAUACUCUCCUCACUAUACUUGCCGCCUACCGGAAAAGAGAUCCCCAGAAAGACUCCGAAGAGGAGGAGUAUGUUGAGAAUCUCUUCGAUGCACUAACAUGCGUAGUUGACGAACCUGAAGGCAAAGCCAAAUUUGUGGAAGCCGAAGGUGUAGAGCUAUGCCUGAUCAUGCUCAAAGAAGGGAAGAUGAGUAAAGCACGCGCUUUGACCGUUCUCGACCAUGCCCUAGCCGAUCGCACAGAUACUAGCGGUGACGUAUGCCAAAAACUCGUCGAAGCAGAAGGUCUCAAGCGCAUCUUCAGCCUGUUCAUGAAGAAGAACGACAGCUCGACGAACGAACAUCUCUUGGGCAUCUUUUCAUCACUUCUCAAGUCACUUCCUGGUAGCUCGGCCCAGCGCAUACGAACGCUCGCGAAAUUUAUGGAGAAAGAUUACGAGAAAAUAUCCAAAACCAUCGUUCUCCGUCGCGAUUAUGCAACUCGUCUUGCAGCAGUAGAUCAGCGGAUCAAACGGGAGCAAACCAACCUCGACUUGGCAGAUCGCGAAGCCAUGGAGGAUGAAUGGUUCUCGCGGAGACUUGAUGCUGGACUAUUCUGUCUCCAGACCGUUGAUGUGAUAUUAGCCUGGCUAGUUGCAGAAGACGACGGUGCAAAGAAGAAGAUCCAGGAGCUAUUAGCAAAACGGAAUGAGACGUUAGCUGACGUUAAGCGCACAAUUCAGGGGCAGAUAGAUCAAAUCCAUGUGUCGGACAGGGCAGAAGAGGGCGCACUGAAAGAUAUGCUUCAGACUUUACUGUCCUUUCUGUGA